AUGAAGGCGAUCUCAGAAUCACAUAAGUGCAAGCUAUCUAAUAGAUUCCAAGAAAUAGAUAGAUAGUUUGUCUGUCAUAAGACUAAAGAUCAACGAUCUGACAUGGGAGUAGAGUAUGAGGGGAUUAAGCUUAUUGAUAUCUACACAAAAUCUAAUCCAAAUAAAGUAGCUUAGAAGUAUGGCAAGCAGUUGAUUAUCAACCUACUCUUCAAUUACGAGAAUAAAGCAACCAUUAAGAGAUUAGUAAAAAUAAACUCAGAUUACAGACCUCCGCAGAUACCAUAAGAAGAUGAAAUUGAAGAGGAGAAGCUGCUUGAUGAGUAGAAGUUGUUUUAAAGUUUGCAUGAGUAACUUAAAGAACUGUAGAAGAAAUACAACAAGACCACAGAGUAGAUUAGUGAACUCUUCCUUAGAGUAUGCGGAGAUCUGGAAUAGGUGGAGGCAGCUCUACAAGGUAAGUCUGUCCCAGAGUGGACCUAUCUAGAAGAUUUGGCAUUAACUAAGCCUUAUGAGACUGCAGAGUAUCAAUGGCUGUUAAAGUAAAAAGGAUAGAAAGAGAUUGAUAAGCGAAGAAAAUUCUUAUUAACAGCAGACGCAGAUGAAGAUCUAGGAGCAUCAGGAGGCAACAACGAUGAGAAGAUGAAGGAUGAGUAUGCUCUGAAGGAUGAAAAUGAGAAUGAAGAAUCAGUAAAUUAUAUAUGA